GUGCUCCGCUGACAUAUUCCGCAUCCCUUUGCCUCGAAUUUCACUUCCUCCACCUCGCUCGCUGUUCACCACUUCCAACCGUAUUGUAGUAGGCAACUACCGUAGCCUCCAUUAUCCCCCCUUUUCGUCAAACCAUCUCAUUUUCCUCUCCUUUGAUUCCCCACCCCCGGUAUUCUCCUGCCCCUACUCCGCACGCAUGGUGUGCGGGUGAACUGUAUUCCAGGAAUUGAGGAGAGGGAAAGGGAAAAAAAGGAAAAAGAAAAAAGAAAAACAAACCCCCCUUGCGCCUCAGCCCCUGGCUUUUCCCUCUCCCGUGCGUGGCUAUCCAUCAUCCUCCAUUGCGAGUAGACAGUUCACUAACCGGAAAAAAAUAAAAUAGUUCUAAUCUGGGUCGGCCUGCUUUGUGUGCAUUGGCACUGGAUCUGAUCGAAUCUCGCUUCGACUGUGGCUGUAAUGUUUAAAUGUGGAUUUUCCGCAGCAGGGCCUCAGCAACAGAGAUCCCUCUUACCCGGUGAUGAGCGUCCCAAUCAGGAACAUGCAUGGAAUAUCUUGAAACGCGCCACUGCCGUCCAAGCCACACAGGAAUCGAAGACUCCCAUGUUUCGAACUAAGGAGCUACAACCCCGUUCUAAUCAUUCAUCUAGUAAUCGGCCUCUGGCCAGACCCAUGGAUAGCCAAAGCAGGAGUGGUGUGAAGUUAAAAUUAAGCUCUAUCAUGACAGGCCGAGGUAGGGCCAAUGAUCCUGGUCGUCGUGGAACUAGAACCAGGCCUGCAGACGCCGUGCCCGGGUGCCCGACCUCCGCUAUCAAUAAGCAAAAGUUUGGUAGAGGCAGGGGAUCUACCGGUAGGGGAGACAAGGCUUCUCCUGGUCUCGAGAAGAAGUCACGGAAAGCCAAGAUGCAUACGGAUGGAAUUAGAAAGCGGAGAACGCCAAAGACAGCGAAGAAGAGGAGGGAAUCACUGGCGCAACACCCGCUGGCAAGAUCUUUUACUGGUAGGUCAGAGAUUAGUGCUUUCCGCCACGAGACUAGUGGAUCGAUAUCUGCGUUCGGAUCAUAUGCACCGGCCUAUUGCUAUAUUUUGGAACAUGCUGUCCCCUGUUCGACCGAGGUGCCGGCAACUAUUUUUGCUUCUGGGCACUGAGGUAUGUCUACGAUAAUACAUCGGCCCAGUGAGAAUGCACGAGAGGUCCGGGCCAACAUGGUCCCCCCCAUUCACCCCAUUUUUUUCCCAGCUCUCUCUCACCUUGCCCAUUGGUUGAUUGCCCCCGACCCUGGCCUGCCCCGCAUGCAAAACAGCAUACAGUCGCUCGAUUACGCUCACACACACACUGCUCAUUUAUAAUAAUAUGUCCUAUUAUGCGUCGUUGCUACUCUAUGCAGUUGUUAUUUCCCUCGUUCUCCCGGGGCUAGGACCGGAUCCCCGCUUUUUUGGGGGUGUUUGGAUCAUAUUUUGCAGUUCUAUCAUCAUUUGUCUGACGCUUAGCUCUCGUCGAAACAGAUUCGCUCGACCACGCAACGACACACCUCUCAGAAAGCCUGCCGCGAGCGCUCUCGGAUAAACUGGAGACACUUCUCUGCCGUACAGCGGCAACAACCAGUCUUUCGGAGACUUAUCUUUCCCACUCAUCGGGACUUAAGAACGCUCUUUUCUGUUCUUCGCCCUUGCUUUCGGGUUCCUUGGAGAGGAAGGCCGACAGGCUUAAGGGUUUGACUCACGAGGAGUUUGAGAAGUUGGGUGUACUGUGGGGGAAGUGGAAGCAGUGUGUGGGUGAGAUCCAACGAUUGGCUACUGACGAGGCAACCUUCGCCGAAAGGAGGGAAGAAAUGGGUUAUGGGAGCGAAAAAGGCGAUGACAAUGCAUCGGGCAUGGUAAAUAAUGACGAGUAUUGGGGAGAGCUUGAGUGUGCAGCACUAGCUGAAAGAAUAGAAUCGGUUGGUGAGGUUUGGCUAGAGAAGAUGGAGGAAUGCGAGAAAGUCCGAAUCCUUCCCAUAUUUUCAUUACAUCCUGCGCUUUACUGGUCACAAAAAUAUCACACUUUUUUUACCCCUCGUAGCGUAUCUUUGCUAACACUACCCCGAUUUCUCCCCGUAUUGAAGAAAAUCGCGGACGAAGAACUCAGGCAGCGGCGUCUGGCGGCCACUGUCCUUCUCUAAGAUCUCUGCGAAGAUCGUCACGCCCUUGAGGUGGCACACAUCUAAAGGUGGGCAGAGGUAGGAAAUUCGCAGGACACUAAUUAGUUGGGGCAGGAUUGCUCGUAUGGAGCACAAGGACUGAUACGGAGGUUGUGCUAUCGAUCCAGCCACACAUACCAUAGGAGUUCGAUUUAUGCGAGACUUUCUCUCAUUGUUUUAGCGAUCUGGGGUUGAGGAUUUUUCACGGACCAUUCGGCAAAAUGGGAUGGCAAGGUUAUAUUGGAGGCAAAUAUUACCGGUAUACGGUAUCGUAUCGUACCUGGGUUAAAAAAAUCCUCAUGUGGCCCGGCGGUCAUCUGGUGGCUCUUUCCCUUCUUCCCCCACUUCAAACGACCACUUGGGGAUCAUUGAUUUGUUUUUCUUCUCCUUUUUUUCUCCCUCAAUCGUAUUCCUAUUGUUUUUAUUAUUAGCCCUUACUCGUGCCGUCGCCGAGAAUAAAUCAACUAUGUUGU